AUGAUGCACCCAUCGAGACAGGCGUACGUGGAGGAGGCCAAGGAUAUCGACAUGGGCAUUGAUCUGGCCAACCUGCCCAUCGACCACGACUAUGAACUCCCCUCGGCUGCCGCAGGGAUUCCGGCCGAACGAGCGUCUGCCAUUCUUUCUCAGUUCGAAAGGAAACGAAAGGCUGCGGCCAUGGCGGUGCCGACAGACGAUGCAAGAGUGCGUGCGCGAUUGCGAGAGAUUGGAGAGCCCAUCACACUAUUUGGAGAAGGCCCUGUGGAUCGUCGAGAUCGGCUGCGAGAGCUGUUGACCGAUCUGGCGGAGAGACAGGAAGACGAUGAUGUGACUAUGCGAGAGGCAAUGGCAGGAGAGGCCGAAGAAGAGGAGGAGGAAGCCGAGCAGCAGGAGGAGUUCUACACUGAGGGGUCAGAGGAUCUAUUGAAUGCCCGAAAGGCGAUUGCGCACUUCUCUCUCCCCCGCGCAAAGGCGCGCGUGGCCCGUUUGAGGGAGGAGUCGACGAUUCCCCUCCGGACGCAUAUCAAGCACCGUAAGGCGAUCAAGGAGAAGUUGCAUGGAUUUGAUCUCUACGGGUCCCAGAUCGCCGGCGAUCGUCCCGUCAGCAUCUGUCGAUUCGCGCCGGAUGGACAGACCAUCGCAACGGGGAACUGGGGCGGUAGCAUCCGCCUGCUGACCGUACCGAGCCUGGAGGAGCAGCGGUCCCUCAAGGCGCAUACGGACCGCGUUGGAGGCCUGUCCUGGUUUCCCGGGGCUACGCUCCCGAGGUCAGGGGUGUCCCCAUCGACCGUCAACCUGGUGUCUGGUGGCGGCGAAGGGAACGUAUGCUUGUGGUCCCUCGAGAAGGACGAGCCGUUGGCGACCCUGUCAGGACACUCUGGUCGGGUGUGCCGGACAGAGUUCCACCCGUCGGGUCGAUACGUCGCGUCCGCUUCUUUCGAUACAACUUGGCGCUUGUGGGAUGUAGAAACGAGCGCUGAGCUGCUGCUCCAGGAAGGCCAUUCCCGGGAGGUCUACACAUGCGCCUUCAACAACGAUGGCUCUCUGAUGGCCAGUGGGGGACUGGACAGCAUCGGACGAAUAUGGGACCUUCGGUCGGGCCGAACAGUGAUGAUCCUCGAAGGUCACGUCCGGGAAAUCUACGGUCUGGACUGGGGCGUCGACGGAUACCGAGUGCUGUCGGCCUCCGGCGACGGAUGGGUUAAGUGCUGGGAUCUACGCCAGGUGCGAAGCACGGGGGGCAUUGGAGCACACAAGAGCGUGGUGUCCGAUGUACGAUGGUAUAAAGGCACGGAGUCGGCGGCAUCCUGCCUGCCGUCGCUGGACGGAACGAAUGGACACAUGGAGGUGGACGGCGCAACAAUGACCUCGAGCGAUCCGCCGUCGGCCCCGGUGCAACCAAGGAAGUCGGGCACGUUCUUCGUGAGCAGUGGAUUCGACAAGAAUGUCAACGUCUUUAGCGCGGAUGACUGGUCGCUGGUGAAGACGCUGAGCGGCCAUGCAGGGAAUGUUCUUAGCACGGACAUCAGCAAUGAUGCAAAGUGGAUUGCCAGCUGUGGACAUGACCGCACGGUGAAACUCUGGGGCAUCGAGUGA